AGGUCGUCCCGGGCGCCGACUGGGAGCAGGCCUUCCACGGCACCUGGUGGUACGCGGUCUGGCUCGUCCUGGACUCGGGCGUGCUGCUGGAGUCCAACGACAAAGCAUCCGGCCACGACUUCUGGGAGCCUGGGGUCUACUGCACGCCGGUCCUGGAGACGGCGCGGUGGUAUGCGCGGCCCCAUGUGCUCUUUGGCGACGGCGCCUACCACCGGGUGCUCUUCGAGCUCCGCGUGGAUCCUGAAAGGCGAAAGAGGCAACGGCAGCGUGGGGGCGUCCAGUGGGUCUUCAACUCCUCUGCAGUGUCGAUCCAUGCCAUGUGGGUGGAGAUCAACGCGCCGCCAGACAAUGGCGAAGAGCGAGUGAACGAAUGGGACCCGGGGCUGGAGGCCCUGCCCUCGGGGCGGGAUCGCCCCGAGCUGGUGGUCAACCCGCGGGACUUUGCCUCGGAGCGGCCCGCCGCGAGCAGAGGCGGAGUUUCGGCCACGGGGUCGGGGCUCGUUUCGACUCCUACGAUUCGAUUCGGUUCGAUUUCGAUGGCUUCCGCUCCCGAUUCGAUCCGGCUUGGGAUUCCGAUCUGGGCUCCGAUUCGUCAAAGGAGGCCUACCAGCCUGCCGACUUCCGCCAAUGCGACUUCUCCCGAUUCGGCUGCCGAUUGCCGCCGACCCGAUUCAGUUCGAUCGCCGAUCCGACUUCUCGAUUCGACUCCGGCCUCUUCUGAGCUGCGGCCGACGCGCACUUUGCGCCGGCGAGAGCUGGGAGCCGGAGCCCCCAAGGACCAGGAAGAGGGGCCCCCUGGCAGUGCCGCGCCCCAGGCGCAGGUCACAGGAGCGCCGAGGGUCCGCCGCAGGCCGCGCGAGGAUCCUCAGGACCCUUGGCGCCCCGACGAGCCCGAGGACGAGGAGGAGAGGCCCGACCCCGCGGCCUGGCAGCCCCCGCUGCCGCCGGCGCCCGCGCCGGGCAGGCCCCAGGCAGCGACCACGCGUGCCAGCGCCUACACCCGGCUGCGACUGGACGGCUAUGGCUCGGGCGCGUCUUCCGCGCCGAGGCUGGCGGCGCCCGCGGGCCCGCCGCCGCCGCGGGAGGCGCGCGGCCCCGCGGGAGCGGAGCGCGCGAGGCUGCUGGUGCCGUCGCUGCC